ACCUGGUACCAACAAACGGCCAACACUGUGGUGAAAAAUACGUUACCGAGAGAAACUUCUGAUAAUUAGCGUUUCUGCACCAGUUUAGCGGAGUAAUACGAUGCUUCAGUUGUAUGACGCUAUUAGAUGAGCUGGCACCACAGUUCCGUGCAUGCACAGCUCCAAUCUGAUCCAGGCGAUUGUUACCUCCAAAUGAAGCUCACCGUGCGUCAGAGGCAGGAUUCGCGGAGGACGCGGCGUGUCACUGUUUGCUGGACUCCUUUGCACUGUGUUGGGCUCCAGUAGCCCACUCAUGCCUGUGAUUCCCAUCCCUCGGCGCGUACGCAGCUUCCAUGGCCCUCACACGACCUGCAUGCACUCGGCCUGUGGGUCGGCACACUCCACCCAGCUGGUGCGCACCAAGUACAAUAACUUUGACCUCUACCUGCGGUCUCGGUGCAUGUACAGCUUCCUCCGUUUUUUGCUCUAUUUUGGAUGCAGCCUGCUAACCUCUCUGCUCUGGGUGGCGCUAUCCACCCUGUUUUUCAUACAGUACGUCAGUGUCCGUGUCCUCCUGCGGCUACAGUACAAACUAUCCGUCAUUCUUCUCUUACUGGGACACAGGAGGUUGGAUUUUGGGGUGCUGAACGAUCUUAUCAUCUACAGCAUGCAAAUUACCAUGUUUCUACUGGGUGGACUUGGCUGGUGCUUCAUGGUUUUUGUUGAUAUGUAGCUGUUAUUCUUGCUUAAAAAUGUGUGAUGUGAGCAUUUACUACAUAGUUGCCUUGUUAAUUAAUUCACUUAAAUGAGAAAAUUCUUACGUUUUUUUAAGUGUGUAACAUUUGUGUAAUUCCCUCUGCAUUUUGUUAUGUAAGGUUAGAGGUUUCCUUUGAUUAAUAAGACUAUAAAAGAAAUCAGUCCACCA